AUGCGGGGCGCAGGGAAGGAGCCCCCCUCCCGCAUGUCGCCCUGGGGGCUGCCUCUCCGUCCAGACAAAGCCCGGUUUCCAGAGAAGCCCACCUACCCGCCUCCCUGCCCAACCUCUCUGUAUCUCGCAGGAGUUCUCCCCAGGCUGGGGUUUGAGCAGAUGGCCCUCGAGGUCCAAGAAGCCAACGGUGACCUCGUGCAGAGAGACGGUGUGAUGGAACCGCAGGCAUCGUCCGCAGAACUGCAAGCUGCGGGCCGAGAAGAGCGCUCCCCCCGCCGCUGCGUCCGGCUCCUGGAGUCCUGCCUCGGGCAGCAGGUCCCCUGCUGUGACCCCUGCGCCACCUGCUACUGCCGCUUCUUCAACGCUUUUUGCUACUGCAGGAAAAUCAGCACCAGUUUCCCCUGCGGCAAGAACUAG